AUGUCUCUGACUGUGAGGUUCUUCUGUUACGGAGUCCUCCUGACCUCGCUCACCUGGUCCCUCCUGCUCCUGCUCUACUUCCACCUAAGCUCCUCCCACAAUCGCAGCUCUCAACCAAUCAGUGGCAUCCUAGACCGGAGAGGGGCGGGGCCACGGGCUGCACCAGCCAAUCAGGGAGCGGAGCAGUCAGCAGAGAUGGGGAUGAUUUUUAAUGAGCGCGACCAGGAAGUGCGAGACAGCGGUUACCAUAGACACGCCUUCAAUGUUCUGAUCUCCAACAGACUCGGACCACACCGACCAAUCCCAGACACCAGGGGGCCACAGUGUGCUCAGCAGUCCUUCUCGCCCUCUCUGCCCUCAGCUUCAGUUGUUAUCUGCUUCUUUAACGAAGCCUUCUCUGCUCUGCUCCGGACCGUCCACAGUGUCCUGGAGCGAACCCCUCCCGAGCUGCUGCACGAGAUCAUCUUGGUGGAUGACCACAGCGAGCUCGAUGACCUGAAGGGAGAGCUGCAGCAGUACGUUUCUUCUGAGCCCAGAGUGAAACUGGUGCGAAAUGAGAAAAGAGAAGGACUGAUCCGUGGGCGCAUGGUCGGAGCACAGCACGCCACAGGAGAGGUCCUGGUCUUCCUGGACUCUCACUGUGAGGUGAAUGUGCUCUGGAUGGAGCCACUGCUCUCUUUGGUCUCCACUGAUCGCAGGACGGUGGUUUGUCCAGUCAUCGACAUCAUCUCAGCGGACACUCUGACCUACAGCCCUUCCCCCAUUGUGAGGGGUGGGUUCAACUGGGGACUGCACUUCAGAUGGGACCCAGUUCCACCGAGCGAGCUGGGAGGGGCCACCAAACCCAUCAGAUCUCCUACCAUGGCUGGCGGUUUGUUUGCAAUGGACCGACAGUACUUCCAUGAGCUCGGGCAGUACGACCCAGGGAUGGACAUCUGGGGCGGGGAGAACCUGGAGCUGUCAUUCAGGAUCUGGAUGUGUGGUGGACAGCUGCUCAUCGCUCCCUGCUCCAGAGUGGGACACAUCUUCAGGAAGCGGCGUCCGUACGGUUCUCCUGGAGGCACCGACACCAUGGCCCACAACUCCCUGAGGCUGGCCCACGUGUGGAUGGAUGAGUACAAGGAUCAGUUCCUGUCCCUGCGGCCUGACCUGAUUGGUCGGUCCUUCGGGGACGUCAGUGAGCGUGUGCAGCUGCGGCGCCGGCUCCAGUGUCGCUCCUUUAAGUGGUUUUUGCAGAACAUUUACCCCGAGAUGUUCAGCUCUGCGGGCCAGAAAAAGAACGGCCCCAUGGUGCAACAGCGCCCCCUGAGGAGACCCAGGAUACUGCAGCGAGGACAGCUGAAGAAUGUUGGCUCUGGUUUGUGUCUCGUGGCUCAAGGUCGAACGUCACAGAAAGGGGGCGCUGUGGUGCUGAGGUCAUGUGACCCACGGGACCAAGACCAGGUCUGGGCCUUAGAUGAAGAUGGGCAGCUGGUCCUGGCUGGUCUCUUGUGUUUAGACGUGUCUGAAGUCCGGACCUCGGAUCCUCCCAGACUGAUGAAGUGUCACGGCUCCGGAGGUUCUCAGCAGUGGAGUCUGAAGUCCCACCGCUUGUACCAGGUCUCUGUGGGACAGUGCCUCUCACUCCAAGAGCCGGCUGGACCCAAAGGCUACGUUAGUGUAGCGAUCUGCAACCAAUCAGAAGCCCAGCAGUGGAGCCUGGAGGUGUGA